UAUUGAAAUUAUUGUCCUUCUAUAGGUUUCCCUAGACUUGGCCACAUCUAUUAACUUCAUCUUGUAGCUUCUCUCUUUCUCUUUCUCUCUUGCUAGGUCUUGCCAUAGUCAAUCCUUCACCUGCUACCCUCCUCUCACUUUUACUGUUUCACAAGGACCCCCCUCUUUCUCUCCUUACCCAAUUAAGCUGCAGCAAAGUCCAGUUUCCUGAACAUAGUCAAAAGAAAGCUCUUUUCCCUUUAUAAAAAAACUAGUUUGUUUUUGGAGAUCUCUCUAUUCUUCAUCCUCCACCACCACCCACCUCCCUCUCAGAUGGUACACAUGAAAUAGCUGUCUGAUCAAUGUAUAACCCAACCUCUAGCUUUUUUUUUUAGGGUUCUUAAAGGGGCGCAACAAGAGGACUUCCGAGGCCCGCAGUCACCCAUCUUAGUACUACUCUCGCCUAAAUAAGCCAGAGUUCUAAUGGGAUCUGGUAUACUAGUGCUGGUAUGAUCGAACCCAAGCUUUCCCUUCAGAUUAAAGAGAAUCACAAACAUGGGAAACUCCCAAGCUCUUUAGCUAGCUAGCUAAGACUGAUCAGUCCCAAAAAAAGAAAAAAAGAAAAAGCGAGACUUUUGAGUGCAAUGACAAAUUAUCCAUGUUUCCUUCAAGCAAUUACAACCCCUUUUCAUACAGUACCAUAGAAAACUUAUCAGGACAGUCUUCUACAAAUUAUGAUCAAAAUCCAAACUAUGAGGCCUCAUUGGUCUCAUACUUCCCUUUUCCUUUUCUAGAUGACAAUGACCUAUUACUGGAUCAUUUAGUCCAGCAACAAAUGCUCAUGGUUGGUGUUAGUGGUGUGGCUGAGAGUGAUGAUGUUUACUUGGGGGCUUUAAACAAGUCCACAGAUGUAAACAAUACUCAGAUCACUAACACUGCCACUGAGCAAAUGCCUUCAAAAGUUCAUCCAAAAACAAGUAGUGAUACUACAAAAAGCCCCAACCCUGGAAGGAGGAGUGGCAAGAAAGAUAGGCACAGCAAGAUUCAUACAGCUCAUGGUCCGAGAGAUCGGAGAAUGAGACUGUCCCUUCCCAUUUCCAGAGAGUUUUUUGGGCUCCAGGACCUGCUAGGCGUCGACACUGCAAGUAAAACCAUAGAAUGGCUGUUCACAAACUCGAAGGCGGCGAUCAAAGAACUGAUCACAACCAGAAAGCAAUCACAAAUGAAGAACAGUCAUGAUCUGAUGGCAAUGGAAGAAGGUGAAACCACUGUGGGUUUUACUAGUACUAGUGAGAAGAAGAACAAGAAAUCGCGGAAAGCGUCGCUGAAUCCUCUUGCAAAGGAGUCCAGGGACAAGGCAAGAGAAAGGGCAAGGGAGAGAACAAGAGAGAAAAUGAUGAUCAGAAGCCUUGAAAAAUCACCUGAACAGUGUUUUGAACCAAACCCUAAAAGUUUGGAUUCAAGUGGUGGUACUCCCUUGGAAGCUGGAGAAGAAGAAUCAAUUAGUCCUCAUGGUCAUGAAAUGGGUAAUUCCCUCUUAGAAGUAGAAGAUGACACUUCUCAAUCACUGGAACAUCAAUUGGCUACUGUGGAGAUUAUUGAGGAACUUUGGGCCACUCCAAGCUCUUCCAUGUAUGAGUUUCAGAACAAUGCUUCAGUCUCAGAUGGGGUACAAUCCAACAACAAUUUCAUGAGUUUUCUUGGAAAUUGGGACUUCAUGAACAAUGCUAGAAUCAAUUCUGAUUAUUGUGCAGUGACAAACAAGGCUCCCCUGGCAGGUAAUGAUGAUGAUCAAAACCCUAGCCCAAUGUUCAUGAACACCUCAAACAUUCAUUUUCAGUCUCAGUUCUAGGAAAUCAGUGUCUAAGUAAUUAGUAUGGAUUUGUGCUUUUUAAAUCAUUAAAGGGUAUAAUCUCUUAUCUUCAGGAAUCACUAAUUUGUCCUCUUUUCAACUUCUACUUAAUUUGGUCUCCUAGCCUUUGCCUACAAUGAGCAGAAAGGCUAUUGUGUUGGAGUUUGAAACAUGGAGGAAUGAGAUAUUGUCAUAUUAUAUAUCUUAAUCAUCAUCAUAUCAAUAUCAUCUCUCUCUCUCUAGAUAGAUAUAUAUGUGUGCAUAUAUCCAUAUAUAUCUAUAUAUAUGUAUCUAUCUAUCUAUCUAUCUAUCUACCUAUAUAUCUAUAUCUGACAACUGUUGAUGAGUCAAUUUAAAUUUUAAAUAAGAGUAUUUAGUGCAUUUCUAGUAUCCAACAAGUAUCUUAAGUACCUGACAACAUUAGUCUUUUAAUUGUGUAGCAUUUUCAAGAAUUUGUUCUUGUUAGUGCAACUGAUCAAAUGCUUGUUUUUUUUCUCCCGGAAAGUGAUCAAAUGCUUGUUCAAGAACACAUAUUACAUGGAAAA